AUGGCUCAAACACGUGUUUUAAUAAAAUAUGGUCCAUAUAAAAGUUUUUCCGGUAUUGAACAUAAGACUGAUCGUAUAAAGGGUCUUGAAACUUUUUUAAUCAAUCUUGGCUAUUCAGUUAAUACUCAGUCUAUUCCAAUUCGUAAUGUAUGUGAAGUUCAUGUUUAUGAUUUAAAAGUAUUCGAAUGUGAUAUUCGUAAUCUUCAAUUUGGUGGCGAUGGUGAAUUAGAUGAUUUAUGUCACGAAGCUCUUCGAAAAAUAACCGAUGUUACAUCACCGUCAUCAACUGCAUGA